GAUUGUUGAAUCUUCAUUGCCGGCCGCGUCUCUUCGUUCUUCAUGGUUUCUCGAUCGCGGGUAGCGAUCAUGGCUGCGUAGGAAAUUGUGAAAAAAAACGAACGAUCCGAAUAACAUCGGCUGUUUUUCAAUUUAAUUCGAGAUCCGUUUUUGACACAGUUAGCAAAAAUGACGGCGAUACCUGGCACGAUGGCGUUUGACGAAUACGGCCGGCCUUUCAUCAUCAUUCGUAACCAAGAGAAGCAGCAACGCCUCACCGGUCACGAUGCGAUCAAGUCACAUAUUUUGGCAGCUCGUAAUGUGGCCAAUAUUCUCAGAACAUCCCUGGGCCCUAAAGGUUUGGACAAGUUGAUGGUGAGUUCUGAUGGGGAUGUCACUGUAACCAAUGACGGUGCUACAAUCCUAAAAAAUAUGGAUGUAGACCAUGAGAUUGCCAAGUUGAUGGUUCAGUUGUCGCAAUCCCAAGAUGAUGAAAUUGGCGAUGGCACUACUGGAGUAGUGGUUUUAGCCGGUGCACUCUUGGAGCAAGCUGAACAACUGUUGGAUAAAGGAAUCCACCCAAUCAGGAUAGCAGAUGGCUUUGAAUUGGCUGCCAGAUGCGCCACAGAACAUCUCAAGACAAUUGUAGAUAGUUUUAAAGGGACGCCCGAUAAUCUGGAGCCUUACAUCGAUAUUGCUAUGACAACACUUGGCUCAAAAAUCAUUAACAAGUAUCACAGACAAAUGGCAGAAAUCGCAGUACAAGCAGUAUUAGCAGUUAUGGAUCCUGUCGAGCGCGAUGUUAACUUCGAGUUGAUCAAGAUAGAAGGAAAAGUUGGCGGUAGGUUGGAAGAUACCGUCUUGGUGCGUGGUGUUGUCAUCGACAAGGAUUUCAGUCAUCCUCAGAUGCCAAAGAGGCUGGAGGAAGUGAAAUUGGCCAUUCUGACAUGUCCGUUCGAACCGCCGAAACCCAAAACGAAGCACAAGUUGGACGUUACGUCGGUCGACGAUUACCGAGCGUUGCGCGAUUACGAGCACGAGAAGUUUACGGAAAUGGUGAAGCAGGUCAAAGAAGCUGGUGCAACGUUGGCUAUUUGUCAAUGGGGAUUCGACGAUGAAGCCAAUCACCUCCUGCUGCAGAACAACUUACCGGCCGUAAGAUGGGUUGGCGGCCCGGAAAUUGAAUUAAUCGCCAUUGCGACCGGUGGCCGCAUUGUGCCGCGCUUCGAAGAAUUAACGCCGGAGAAACUCGGUCAUGCUGGCGUCGUUAGGGAAUUAACGUUUGGUACGACGAAGGAUCGAAUGUUGGUGAUCGAAGAAUGCAAAAAUUCACGCGCCGUCACGAUCUUUAUUCGCGGUGGCAACAAAAUGAUCAUCGAAGAGGCCAAGCGAUCGAUACACGACGCACUGUGCACCGUGCGUAACGUUGUCAAGGACAAUAAAAUCCUGUACGGCGGAGGCGCGGCUGAAAUAUCUUGUGCGUUGGCUUGCGCGGCACAGGCUGAUAAAAUCAGUACUCUAGAGCAGUACGCCUUUCGUGCCUUCGCCGAAGCUUUGGAGAGCGUCCCUAUGGCGCUCGCGGAAAACGCUGGCCUCUCCCCGGUGGAUACUAUUGCGGAAAUCAAGGCGCGUCAAUUGUUCGAAAGGAAUCCCACUCUCGGUAUCGAUUGCUUAAACCGAGGCACAUCGAAUAUGAAGAGGCAGAAUGUCAUCGAAACACUCACGAGCAAGACUCAGCAAAUUUUAUUAGCCACGCAGUUGGUUAAAAUGAUUCUGAAAAUUGACGAUAUACGGUCGCCCAGUGAUAUUGGCGACGCGUCCUAAUGAGCUAAACGAGCCAUGUAAUUCUCAAUAUCAUUACAUAUGUUUAUUAUAUUGAGCAAUUUGUUUCAAUUCUCUCCACGUAUUGUAUUCGCAUUUCUAACACCUAAUCUCUUAUAUUUGAUGGUUGAUUCGAAUGAAUUUGACCCAAAAUUAUAUUAUUUCACUUGAUCUAUUGUAAUCUAAUUUGAUAACUUAUAAAAAGGAUACAUUUUGUGAUAUAUAAGAUAUAUUUGAUUUUCUUUGUAUAUCUUGAUAUACCCAAACAAAUCUGUGUUUCUUUCGUAUCCCAUUCUCGUCUAUUCCACUAUAUAUGUACUGUACGCAAAAAAAUUAUAUUUGCUUUAAUUAUUUUGCCUUUGUAUUAUUCGGCAUGCGUAUAUUUACAAUAUAUAAGUAAAUAAAUAAAUAAAUAUAUUUAACGUAUAUAUGCUGAUAGAAAAAUAGAAUAAGAAGUAUCAUUAACGGCUUUAUUCUCUCAUUGUAGGAACAAAUAAAUAUGUCACAUCGAGUCAAGGUGUAGUUGUGUAAAUAUAUUCUGUCUAUAUCUCUCGAGGAAGGGUAUCUCUUCGGAUACCAUUCUAUGGAAUGUGUUUGUAAUGCGCAAAAUCGAUCGCAGACCGAACGAAAUAACAAACGGAUGUCGUUACAAUCUAUUCGUAAAAUGGCACAAAAUACACAAUUGCAUGUACAUACUUAUAAAUUAGAAUGUAACAACAAUA